AGGGAGAUAACACGCAUAGAUCUGCUGUUUCCAUCGCAACUACUCGACAAUUUCCGUUGCAACGGAUGCAGCCGAGCUAUUCCGUAUCACUCUGGACCCAAUCGGCUUUUUAUUGCACUCUUUACGGAGACUCCGAAGACGGACGAAGUGUAACGAUUGAUUCCGAAUUGUUACGUCACGCCCUCUAUGUCGGAAAAUGGAGGCACUCGGUGGAAAAUUAUAAUUCAAGUGGAGCAGAAGGUUUAACGAACGAUUUCUACAAAGACCACGUGAUUAUUCACGAAGAUCCAGGGGUGUUGCCAGGAAGCAUCUGCAGCAUUGUUGGGUAUCGUAACCGCCAGUCGAGUUUCCACCUUAGUGCAACAUGCAAUCGUGGACAUAUCAAGGAACUACCCGCUUUGUCUCCACAAAAAACCAUUCAGGUGUUAGAAUCAGACUUAGCACAUGACUUAACUAAUGACUUAAAGGUUUCCCAAGAUGGCAUAACCUGCCUGAACAUAAUGAAGGAUAAUGUGCUGCAACGUGAAGAUAAACACCUGGAGAUGACACUUCAAUUUAAGGAAAGACCUAUAUUGCCAAAUAACAGAAGCGCAGCUGUUAUAUGGUUGUCACACCGUAAAGGAAAACUAAGCAGAGAUGAUGAGUACCAUGGAAAUAACAAGGUAUUUAUGAACAAGAUUAUCAAACGUGGUGAUGCAGAGUUUGUACAAGAAACAUCGGAGUCGAAAUGCAAUGCUCAUGCUCAUCAGAACAUUCAAUACCAAGGCAGAGGUUUCACACUAAAUAAACUACAAAGCAUAGGCUAUUGGGUUGUUGGUGGGAGUAAAGUGGUAGCAAACGAUAUCUGAAAUUGUGUUGAAUGUAGAAAACUCAGAAGACCAAUAGAGUGUCAGAAAAUGGCAGAGUUACAAAGUGACCGUGUGGAAGAGUACCCACCAUUUACACAUUGUGGAAUUGACUGUUUUGGACCUUUUAUGGUGAAACAAGGUCGUAUAUGGACUUUUGUUAACGUGUCUGUGUGCGUGCAGUGCACAUUGAAAUGCUUGAUGAUAUGUCGACUGAUGCAUUCAUAAACAAUUUAAGGCGUUCAUGGCAAUUCAUUGAACUGUGAGACAAAUCCGCCCAGACCAAGGAACUAACUUUAUAGGUGCUAAAAAUGAACUUUUCGCUAAAUUUUAUGUGCCUUAAGUUGUUUCUCAUCUUGCAGAAAAACAUUUUGAUUUUCUUCUAAACGCUCCAUUACGGUGGAGUAUGGGAGCGACAGAUUAGGACCAUUAGAAAUGUAAUAAACUCUGUAUUGCUGCUGUGUCCAUGACGUUUAGAUGAAUCUUCAUUGCAAACAUUGUUUUUACGAAGAGAUGGCUAUCAUCAACAAUCGUCCGUUGACACUA